UGAAGCGUAGCUUUUGCCUCCGACGGACGUGUCUCAUUUUCAAAUUACGACAAUAACAAAAUACUAAUAAUAAAUUCGCGCAUAUACAUACAUACAAACACAUAUUUUUACGUAGUGAUCUCAUCGCAGAAUUCGCAACUACAAUGCAUACGCUUGGCACACUUGUAAGCGCACUGCUGCUGCUGACAGCGGGCGCGCAUGCGCAGAUCAAAACACACUAUCCUGCCGGCAUUAAGACGCACUAUCCUGCCGCACCGAACUCCGCCAACUUGCUGUAUAAUGAGCACAACUAUACGGCRCAGUACAAYCGCAMCUUCACUGCAGCGGACACCUAUCAGGGUGGCAGURCAGGCGUGGUGAGUGACAAUGCUGGCGUUGUUAAUGGCUAUGCUGUCGAUGGCGAUGGUAAGGCGCAUUUGGCUGGUGGYAACCACCUGGCAGCUGGUGAGGAAUACCACUACUAUGGCGCUGGCGGCAGUUACAGYAGCGGCGGUAGCUUCAGCAGUGGCGGCAGUGCUAGGCAACGCGUGCCACARUUUGUAGAUGCGGCCGCGGAGUUUGUCAACAAGACACGCUCUCAAAUGGCGUCUGGCAUUUGCUACACGGAAGUGCCCACCUCAACACUGGUACGUGAUAAAACGAUGAUACCAGCUGGUAACGGCACCAGUGCCGACAAGAGCAAAAUCCAAAUAUGCUGCGAGGGCUAUGUGCGCAACCCACACGUCUACUCACGYUGCGAUCCAGUCUGUCUCGACGACUGCCCCAACGGCAUUUGCACGGCGCCCAAUACCUGCGUCUGCAUACCCGGUAACGUACGCAAUCACGAGGACAAAUGCAUUUCCACCUGCCCCAUCGGCUGCGGCAAUGGUGUGUGCGAUGMACAAAAUCAAUGCAAAUGCAAAACCGGCUAUACGCUGGACGUGAAAACACAGAAAUUUUGUGUGCCUCAAUGCGACAGGCCCUGCGAUUAUGGCAAGUGUGUAGCGCCCAAUAAGUGCGAUUGCUUUGAUGGUUACCGUUUGACCGCCGGUGGUGUGUGUGAGCCGAAAUGCGACAAUUGCGAGAAUGGACGCUGCUCAGCACCGGGCUUGUGCACAUGCGAUCAGGGUUACACAAAAGUGGAUGGCGUUUGUGAGCCCGUGUGCACGCUCGGCUGUGAGAAGGGACGCUGCGUUGGACCCGACGUYUGCGCGUGCACCAAAGGUUUCGAGCUAGAUCGCUCYGGCACCAAAUGCAUACCACAUUGCGAUCAACCCUGUCUGAAUGGCGUCUGCGAUGGAGCGAAUAGUUGUGCCUGCAACCCUGGCUAUAUAUCGGACGAGGUACAGAAGAACGUGUGUCAGCCRCAUUGUCCGCAGGGCUGCCCCAAUGGCUACUGCACUGCACCAAACUUUUGCGUCUGUAAGCCAGGCUACCGCAAGUCUGGUAUUAAGGGCCGCCAAACGUGCACAGCUGUCUAGUGAAGUUUGUUGAAUUCUUUAAACUUUUUGAUUCUUGAAUGUUUUUCUCUUUAAUAGAAAAAAAGGCAAAAUAUAUAUUUAUAUUA